GCUGCAGUCCUUCUUUCCGUCACUAGGGGGAGUCACAGUGCCAGAAAUCUCCACGCACGGUAGCUCCCAUCGACGCCCCUGAGCUGCAGUCCGGGACACAGUGACGGAUUGGCAACAAGCGAAGAAAACUCCGGUGUGCGUGUGCUUGUCAUCCACUAUUUAUGGUUCAAACUUCGGGGGGAAUGUGCUCACGUUUGAAGCCGAAGCAUAGGCUACGCUAUUCUAGGCGAAGAAGCUAGCUCCGCUCAUCAGACCGUUCCGGCAACUGCUUCAUCUGUCCGUCUGCCUCAUCAACACAAGAGCGGAAAACUGAAUUGGAUGACCCUUCUAAAGUGGAGUCACUAAAACCAGAGGCCUCAUCAUCACUCAUCCGUUCCCCACAUCCUGAGAGUCUUCGAAAGGACACUAAUUUAAACUUUACCGGGGAUUUCCAGGUGUUGUGACGGCUGUUUCUUUCACCCGGCGGCCUGCUGCGGACCCCUGGGUGUGCUCUGUUGCCAUGGCUACCAACAGGGAACAGCAGGUGGGUCACAUGACCGGCUUCCCACCUGCUGUCUACCCGUUCGCCUUCAACUCCAUGAGAAGCCACUCCCCUUUCGACCUGCUGGCCAACAGCAGCCUGUUUGGAAGAUUUGGUGCUGACCUGCCCAAAGAGAUGGCUGCUCUCUCGGUGGAGACCCAGAGCACCAGCUCAGAGGAGAUGGUACCCAGUUCUCCGUCUCCACCUCCUCCACCUCGUGUCUACAAGCCCUGCUUUGUGUGCCAGGACAAGUCCUCAGGGUACCACUACGGGGUCAGCUCCUGUGAGGGCUGCAAGGGUUUCUUCCGCAGAAGUAUCCAGAAGAACAUGGUGUACACCUGCCACCGAGACAAGAACUGUCAGAUUAACAAGGUCACACGCAAUCGCUGCCAGUACUGCAGGCUGCAAAAGUGCUUUGAGGUCGGCAUGUCGAAGGAAGCGGUGCGCAAUGACAGAAACAAGAAGAAGAAGGAUGUGAAGGAGGAGUUGGUGCUACCAGAGAGCUAUGAGCUAAGUGGAGAGCUAGAGGAGUUGGUCAAUAAAGUCAGCAAAGCUCACCAAGAAACCUUCCCGUCACUUGGCCAAUUGGGCAAAUACACCACCAACUCCAGCUCAGACCACCGUGUCCAGCUGGAUCUGGGUUUAUGGGACAAGUUCAGUGAGCUCUCCACCAAAUGCAUCAUCAAGAUUGUGGAAUUCGCCAAGCGGCUGCCGGGUUUCACCACGCUCACCAUCGCUGACCAGAUCACUCUACUUAAGUCGGCCUGCCUGGACAUACUGAUGCUGAGGAUCUGCACACGCUACACUCCAGAACAGGACACUAUGACUUUCUCAGAUGGCCUGACUCUGAACCGGACUCAGAUGCACAACGCCGGCUUUGGACCACUCACAGACCUGGUGUUUGCCUUUGCUGGCCAGCUUCUACCCCUGGAGAUGGACGACACAGAAACCGGCCUCCUCAGCGCCAUCUGCCUCAUCUGUGGAGACCGUAUGGAUCUAGAGGAGCCCCAGAAAGUGGAUAAGCUACAAGAGCCUCUUCUUGAAGCUCUAAAAAUAUAUGCACGCCGCCGUCGCCCCAACAAACCUCACAUGUUCCCCCGCAUGCUGAUGAAGAUCACUGACCUCAGGGGUAUCAGUACUAAAGGUGCGGAGAGAGCCAUUACUCUGAAGAUGGAGAUCCCAGGGCCAAUGCCCCCUUUGAUCAGGGAGAUGCUUGAGAACCCAGAGGCCUUUGAAGACCAAACAGAGGGCAGCGAGAGCCCGCCGCCUCCGCCACCGCCACCUCCACCACCACCAGCCCAGGUCAAGCAGGAGGCUGAGGAUGAGGACGACAGCUGGGCCACAGAGAACGGCAGCGAACCAUCACCGGAGGAGGACGAAGACGAUGAUGAGGAUGUGGGGGAUGAAGAUCGGGACAGGGGCUCAGACAGUGAUGGGGAGCCUUGGGGGGUUCUGGAUGCCAUAGAUGGGUCGAGGAAAGGCCUUGUUGGGAGGGCGCAGUGAACAGAGCAUUUCAUACACACACACACACACACACACACACACACACAUACACACAUACAUACAUACAUACAUAGAGACUUACAACACAACCUCACUCACUCACUCACCCACCUCAACAAAAUGCUGGCCUUCCCUCCCCCCUUUCACUCUCCUUACUGCACAUCACUGUGUCCUCCACAGCGGAGCACAGCAGAGCCUUAUGAGACACUUCUAACUCAGGCCACAUGGUCCAUGACAAGUGAACUACAGAACAAUAAAGUAAAGGAGAGAUGACAUUAAACCAUAUGAACUCCUGGCAUAGCCAAGAGGGAAGUUAACCUGACAAAAAGAACAGAAACUCUUUGAGAAAGAUAAACGUCAUUUUUUUCCCCACUAUUGUUGUUUAUAUCUAAAAAGGGGAAAGGCCAAACCAGACACCAGAACUGAGCAGUUGACUCGAUGGAUUACAACAAGCACAUUUCUCAAAAGACAACAAGAGUACAGGGCAAAACCAAAUUGAGUAUGCUAAUCUUUUGUUUUUGUGGUUAUUGCUUUUGAAUAUUGUUUUCCGUUUUACUUUACUUUCUUUUUUUCCUUCAAUUUAUGAAUAAGUCCAUACAUAUCUAUAUACCAUUAUAUUUUUGUCUUUAUUUGUUAUUCUGGUUUUAUAUAUGAAUCCUUUUAGAUGAGUAUUUUCUUUGAGAAGAGCUUUCCUGAGAAGAUAUUCUGAGGAAAAGAAGGGUAAUCAGAACUGGCUGGGUCUUCCUUAUCAGCUACAUAUGCUUAGCUGGGGCUUUUUUGGGCACUUUGGCUCACUGAGGAUGUCAAUGAUAAUCAACCCAGAACACUAUUGUUAUGUUGCAGUGACUUAAUCAGUUUCUGUUAUCAGGGAAUUGGCAUUAUUCUAUUUUGCUCUCGUUGUAGCCAACUAAAGCUGUCAAUGUGGAAAGUAAGUAUCUUUGUGCCAAAGUUAGGAAAGUCAUCUUUGGAGCAUGAGUUUGACUACUGGCAGGGACUUCAGCCACAAUCCAGCACUCACUCACACAUGCACUAACACACCCUCGGUCUCACA